AGUUAGCAAUACUACAAGCAGUGGCCACACAGCCAGUUUCAGUUUCCCUCGACGCUACUGGUCAUGACUUGCAGUUCUAUGCCGGCGGAGUUUUCACCGGACAAUGUGGGACUAAUUUAAGUCAUGAUGUUACUGCAAUUGGGUAUGGAACCAGUGAAGAUGGUACCAAGUAUAGCGCCGAACAACCCGAACGCGGCUGUUCGUUGGGGCCGGACCAAGGUUGGCGCGACCCAACCAGAACAGGUCCAGUCGCGAUGGGUUACGAUUGCUCGGAUUUUGGCUAAGAACUUGGUUCUCUUCGUUGUGCUCGCCGGGUUGGCUCAACUCGUUUACCGACUCGCUCUGAAGCCGAAUCUCGAUGAAAGCGAAAACGGAAACGCGUUUGUCGGAACGCACAUGGAAUUCGAGGGACGGAUCGCUGAAAUGGAAGCGUUUCUCAAAAAGACGGCGAAGAUGAUGCAAGUUCAAGUCGAAGUUGUUGAUCGGAAAAUCGACAACGAGAUCGGAGGGUUAAAGAAAGAAUUCGCCGAAAAAAUUGAAGAAAGAAGCGGAAUUUUGAAAGAAUUGGAAGCGAAGAGCGAGAAUUUAGAGAAAUCUGUAUUAGAAUUGAAAUCGAAGUCAGUGGAAUGGUUAUCGAAGGAGGAAUUUGAGAAGAUAUAUGAGGAUUUGAAAACAGCGAGGAGUAAAGAGUAUGGAGGCGAUGGUGAAGGGAGUUUGAAUGAGGUGGGAAGGACGUGUCCUCAAUUUAGUGGGUUUAUUUUGGAACAGAGUGUUGCAUAUGACAGAUCCAGUGCUCCAAAGGACUGCAGGGUCUCUGGAUGGCUGCAAGGGCAUAAUAUGGACGUGGCAGUUGAAACUGAGCUGAUGUUUCUUUUAACCGAGUUUACUUAUGACCUUGAAAAGAGCAAUGCUCAAACCUUCAAUGUGUUGGACUCAGCGGGCUCUGGCAUUGUUGACACAGUUAGGCUUGACUUCACAUCCAACCACGGAAGCCCUUCCCAUACAUGCAUCUAUCGCUUCAGGGUGCAUGGUCGGGAGCCUGACUCUGUUUCUACGAUGGCAAUGUAGGCUGCAACUCUGUCACUUUUCUUGUACUAGUUUCUACUUUCUAUAUUCUUUAUUUAGAUCUAGCGUUGAGACUUCUAACUUUCUAGUUACUAGAUAUAGACGUCCAGUCACCUGUUUAAAGUUCACUAUUCCAUCAUGUUAGUGUUCAUCAAAUAGAUGUGUAUUUCAUUUUGUGCUUGCUUUCUAGUUAUGAAGGAGCUUAAUUGACCUUACAAUGUUAAGGUGAACUAAAAACCGUUUUAAUGGGACAGUGAACAUCUAAUUUGAUUGUAGACAAAUGUAGAGUGAAUGUAAGUUUGUUACAUUUGUGUCAACAUUUUCUCUCUUGUGCCCAUAUGAUGGAGUAAAUGAGUGCUCAAUGGCUUGCUUGCUUUUGGCUUAAGAGGUAAAAGAAAUGAAAAACUAGCGGCUUCCACUUCCCAUCACAUGGCGGUUUGAUCUCAUUGCUGAUCGAAUGGCAGAGGAGGUCAGGUUCCGAAGAAAAACUAGCCACUUCCACUUUUCAAUUUUCAAUUUUGGAAAGAUCCAAAAGGCCGGGUCAUCAUGAACUCUACUACGGAUGGUGCCUUCUGUCAUUUGGGGAUAGCCAUCAGUGACAAAUAGAACCAGAACUUUCAUCUUUCAUAAUUUGAAGUAUUGUAAGCUCAAUUUUCAUUGGUUUUGUUGAAUUUAAUAGUUUUGUAGAAUUAGGAUUUAUACUAAAUUUGUUUUGAGGAUUUUGUUGUUUUGAAUACAAUUGGAGCUUUUAGUAUGUAACUGAGACUUGGAAUUGAAGAUUGGUAACCUCAUCUUGGUUCGAAAUUGAUGAAUUUUUGGUAAAUGGCUUAUUCCAAAUGUAGGCCUUCAUGAAU